AUGAAAUGCCAAAACCUACAAAAGAAACCUGGUUACAAAUAUCAGAUUUAUUUUAUAAAAAAAACCAAUUUUCCGAAUUGUCUUGGUGCUAUAGAUGGCAAGCACAUCAGGUGCAAAAAUCCAAACCACGCUGGUUCGCUGUAUUUUAACUAUAAAAAAUAUUUUUCUAUUGUGUUGAUGGCUGUGGUAGAUGCCAAUUUAAAUUUUAUUUCGAUUGAUGUUGGUGCCUAUGGAAGGGAGGCUGAUCCAACUGUGUUUCGGGAAAGUGUAUUUGGAAAAAAAUUAUACUCAAAUUUACUUGAAAUUCCAGAACCCAGAGCAUUGCCAUCUUCCGAAAAUAAUAUACAACCCUUUGUAUUCGUUGCUGAUGAAGCUUUUGGCCUUCAUACAAACGUAAUGCGACCUUUUCCAGGUCGUGGUCUUAAUGAAACUAGGCGUGUAUUUAAUUACCGACUAUCGAGAGCGAGGAGAACAGUCGAAUGUGCGUUCGGGGUACUUACAAAUAAAUGGCGAGUAUUACAUACUGCCAUUUUGGUUGAACCAGAAUUUUGUGACGAUAUUGUGAAGGCAUGCUGCAUUCUCCAUAAUUUCGUAAGAAAAAGAGAUGGGUGUAAUUACGAGGAGACUGAAGAGAAUUUCAAUGUUCAAUUAAAUGAUUUGCAGUUUCAUGGGAGAAAUGUUACUUCUGGAGGCAUAGAAACAAGAUAG